CAGUGCCUCAUUCGUGUUUGCCGCUUCGUGGGCAACGGACGCUUCCUCAGAACUCAAGUGGAGUGACGGGCUCGAGAAGGGAACCGGAACCGGAAACGAAAUCGAAAGCGACGGAGAGAGCACAAGCCUGUUGAGGGUUUGGAGGCGCGUUCGAACCGGAAGUCUCCACAUGUAACCUGGUCCAAAGUUCCAGCCGGAGAAACUUCGAUCGCCAAGGAGAAGCCCAGUAUGGGCGCAUUGAAGGCUAAGGCGGCUAUUUGGCUGCUCCUGCUCAUCGCACACACUCAGGCAGUGAGAGAAAACCCCCUUAAGGACCCUCGCAUAUGCGGACGACCACAAUGUGACUUGCCAAAUCCAAAGUUCAGUUACGCCGAAUUACUGUACAAAUAUGAAUAUACGGUGGCGGUGCGGACCGAGUUCGCUGGUUCCGGCGACAACAGCUCGGAUCUGCUGCUUAAGGCCAACUUGGAGAUAUUCUUCCCGAAGCCCUGCGAGGGAUACUUGAGGAUCAACGAUGCCAAGCUCUACGACAAAUUGGACGGGUUGAGUGAAACGUCCAACGACAGCGAAUCUGCCGAAAAGCCCAAGGAUUCGUACGACUACUAUGAUACCUUGGCCAGCGAGGAGUCCGAACCGGCAAGCUAUGAGAACCUCCAUCCCAAGAGCAUGAAUCUGCAAGCGGAUCUGAGCCAGAACCUACUGCGCUUUUCCUACCAUGACGGCCUCAUCAGCGAAGUGUGUCCGCAGGAGCUGGAGACGCCCUGGGUGCUCAACAUCAAGAAGGGCAUUCUGUCGGCCUUCCAGAACACCAUGAUGCGCUUCGACGUCGACUCCAACACCACCGAAACGGAUGUGUCUGGCCAGUGCCAGGUGCAGUACGCCCUCGAGGACACCGACAGCGUUUAUGUCAAGAUCCGUAAGACGAAGGACAUCAAUUCCUGCAGACAGCGCUACGCCACCCACUCGGUGCUACAGACCACGCCCUACACGUUCCGCGAUGACAAGACUAUAUGGCCCAUCCUUAAAUCUGAGAGUCAUUGCAAUCUGACCAUUGACAACAAUGUCUACCGCGAGGUCAGUUGUCUGGAGACCCAUCUGCUGGUGCCGUUUUCCAAUGCCAGCUCUGGUGCCCUGACCACCAGUAGCAGUCGCCUGAGUCUCAAGGGCGAGGAAACUUACAGCGUUGGCGAGUUCCUGGAGCAGAAUCCCGAGCUGGUUGAACGUCGUGCCACCCUGGUCUUUGACCAUACGCCCGCUGUGAAGCCCUCGCACGAUGAGAUUAAGGCUGCCCGUGAACUUUUGGUGCAGAUGUGCAGAGUUGGCUUCCCCAACAUCCAGCGUGAGUUCAUUGACGUGUUCACCAACUUUCUGCAGACCUCCAAAAGCCUCGACUACAAGACUUUAUCCGUGCUGCUUCAGCGGUCUGCCAGUACCUGCGAACAGGGCAAAAACCAUGUGCUAGAAUCGCUACCCUAUAUCGGCAGCACCGCCGCAUAUAAGGUAAUGCGGGAUCAGAUCGUCAGUGGUCGGGUGUCGAAGGAGAAGGCCCACAGCUGGAUGACAACGCUGUCCUUCAUCACCCGUCCCGACGAAGAGACCCUGGAAACGUUUCAAACGAUCCUCGAGUUUGCCAAGAACAGGCUGGACCCAGAGUACACCCUGGGAGCCACUGCGGUAGUGCACAGCUUCUGCAGACACAACGAGUUCUGUGAGGAGAACCUGCGAGUGCAGCAGAUCAUAAACCUUCUGGAGACCGAGUUCCUAUCUUUGUACAACAAAUUCAAAGGAGAACGUCGCACCCGCGAGCGAAUGGUGAUUUUGCUAAAAGGAUUAGGCAACAUUGGAGUUGUGUCCCCUGCUUUUGCCGAGCGACUGCAAGGGGUUAUCAGGGAUGAUGAAGCACCAGUGGACAUACGACUGCAGGGUAUUUUAGCCUUCCGCCGCGUGGACUGUCUUCGAUACCGCAGUUACUUCCUGGAGACCUAUGCCAACUACACUCUGAACUCGGAGCUGCGCAUAUACAGUUACCUGCAGGCCAUGAGGUGUCCAGAUUAUAUAUCCGUUGGAGCCAUUAAAUCGGUGCUGGAUCAUGAGGAAAUCAACCAGGUGGGCUCGUUCGUCUGGUCGCAUCUCACCAACCUGGCCAAGUCGAAUUCCCCCGUUCGCAUCGAGGCCCAGGGUCUGCUGCUUAACGAUGAGCUCUCCGAACGCUUCAAGAUGGACUUCCGUAAGUUUUCCAGAAACUACGAGCACAGUUUGUUCUUUGACGAGUAUAACUUCGGAACUACCGCGGAUGCAAAUAUUAUCUUUGCCACUGAUUCCUAUUUACCAAGAAUUGCCAGCCUCAACUUCACGGCCGAUCUCUUUGGUCAGUCAGUGAACUUCUUCGAGUUCACUGCCCGCGCCGAAGGACUGGAGGAGCUGGCGUCCAAUGCCUUUGGACCCAAGGGUCCUUUGAGCGGCGAGCUGCUGCGCAAGAAGCUCUCCUUCCUCAACCGUUGGCUGGGCAACGAAAGUGCCGAGGAGGACGAUACCCUCGAGAAUCUGCUUAGUCUGGAUAAUCUGCGACUCAAGAGGAAGGCCCAGCAAUCUGUUGAUGCCUAUGACCGGGAAGAGGACGAAGAGUACGACUUCGAGGAGUCUUUGGAAGGUUCGAAGCGUCAUAAACGGGAUGCAGGCAGCACUCGCAAGCAGGAAAUUGAUCGCAAUGUGGACAGUCUGGGUUACAAGUUGAAGUAUGACUACAAUAACCCACGAGCACAGUUUGGUCUUCGGAUCUUCGGCAACGAUCUGCAAUACUACAAUGUGGAGUCCAUGGUGGAGGUGAUGGCUUUGGCCGCCACAUUCAAUCCCUUCCAGCAGGCCAAGAACGUGCUUUCCGGCAGAGAGUUCAACUACACAAAGUCGCGGGUAUUUCUGGAUGCCUCUUAUACAGUGCCCCUGGCAGUCGGCCUUCCAUUGGCCAUUCACGCCUUCGGAGCCUCUUCCGUGGAUCUGCGUAUCAGUGGUAACCUGGAUCAAGUGGAUCCACCCACCGAUUGGCACUUUGAUGUCGAGGGCCGGUUCAAGCCCUCCGUUUCCGUGGAUGUGAUCACCACCAUGCAGACGGACAUGUUCUGGGAUCAAUCGGGCAUCAAGGUGAAGAGCAACCUGUACUCCAACUCGGAGCUGGUGGCCAAGCUGAAGGUGCGUGGCCGCAAUCUGGUCUCCUUCUCCUUCAAUCUCCCGCAGGACCAGAACGAAAUAUUCAGCUUCCGAUCCGAACUUCUGGUGCAAAAGCGUGAGGCGGAGCUGCCCCAGGCGGGUAUUGUCAAACGGAGUGCCAAUUCCACCUGCACGUGGCCCGUUCUCGAUCAGGCCAUCGGACUGCAGAUGUGCUCCCACUAUAGUGUUCCGGAUUUGAGUAAUGCCACCGGGAUUUACCCGAGCCUUUUGCUGGCAGGACCACUCAACUUCAGCUUGAUCCUUAAGAAAUCCGAUCUAACUGCUAAGAAGUAUGUGUUCGAGUACAAAUGGGACCAGCAGGAUCAGGACAACAACUUCUCGCUGGUGUUCACUACACCAGGCUCAAAGGUUCCGCGAGUUUUGGUCGCGAAUGUGACCAAGGUAACCGAUGCCUUCAAUGCCUCCGUGGCAUUCGUCAAUGGCCCCAAUCGGGUAUCCGCCGGUUGCAGUUAUGAUGGAGAUCCAGACUUCCGACGCUUGGAUGUUUACCUUGACACGAAUGGAAACAGAUCUCUGGACCUGGGUAUGGAACUGCGAAGGCAUCAAGACUUCACCGCCUGGAUCUACAAUCCCAGAAUACUGCUCGCAAUUAAUGGAGUCAACAUAACCGGACUGGCAGGCACCGUGAAAGUCAACGAAAAGAAUGGCAUUAAGCAGAACGACGUAGAUCUCUCCUUUGAGACCAAAAAGCUUCAGGCUGUGAUCAAGGGUAACAUCGUGCAAAGCGAGAUAACCACUUCCACCAACAUGACCAUUAAGUACAGGUUCCAAGCAAACAAGAUCGAGGAGAUUAACUUCGCAGGCAAGCUGAUAAAUAAUGGAGAUAAAACCAAAACAGAGUAUCGUGGUAACAUGAAGCUGCAGACCUCGGCAUAUCCUAAGCUAAACUUCGCCUCGGAUGCAACUUGGCUUAGUCUACAGGGCCACACUGAAGGCAUGAUCACCUACAAUAAUGCACCAGAUUAUGUAAAUCCCAACUAUACGAGUCUGCUGCGCUUGGUCUUCGCUCGUUCUCAUUCAGAGGAUUCCGCAUGGGAGGGCUCACGUACGCGGGCCAGUCUAGAACUGAAGUUGCCCAGAUCAAAGAUUGACUACCGCAUCUUAGUAAAGCACGAAGAGCGCAGCAAGAAUGGAACCGAGCACAAUGUGAUCGUGGGUCUGAAGUACGCUCCUGAGAAAGAGAUCACAGGUUUAUUCUCCGUUCAUUUGCCACGACGAAACCUGUUUGCCAUUGAUGCCUACAUGAACGUGACUGUGCCGGAAUUCAAUUCUUGUACGGCCAGCCUGAAAGUGAACGAAAAAGCCACCAAGGACUAUCUGAUCUUCAUUAAUGGUUCCUGGUUUACUGGACACUCAAUCGCAGUCAAGGCCAACUACAAAGACCGCAGUUCCCGGGUACAGGCCCUACAUCAUCUCAAGAUGAUUGUGGAGAGUCCAUCCUUCGAGCUGACCUCCCUCAAUAUUGUGUACCGCCGAAACCAGCUACUGAUCUUCUACGAUGUGCAGGCCAAGUACGGCAAGGACCCCUAUGGCCUCACAGUACAAUAUGCAGCAAAUGCACACAAUCGCAACUCCAAUGCAGAGGUACGAUUGAAGGUUAAGGAACGCGACUACUGGAUCAAUGCCAAGCUGUUGUCGGAGCAGCCAAAGCUUCUGCAGUUGGAAAUUCACAUAGAUAAAAUACGUGAUGUGCACAUCAAAGUUGGCCUGCUGAAUGUGGACAAGCGCAAGGAGCUCUCCCUGGAACUCAAGUGGGAUGCUAAUCGUGAUCCUAGCCAGAGAUUGGGCCUGCUUGCAGAGUACAAUAGUCCGGGAACAAAGCACUAUGAUGGAAACGUGAUGGUCACCUAUCCGGAGCGCACCAUCAACUUUGGUUUCAACACUUUCACUGGAGGACCCAAGUACUUUGGCAAGGCUCACGCUUCCUGGAGCAUAAACGAGGUGAUCGAGUUCGAGUACGAGGCGGGUUUGCUACCUGGUCGGUCGCUCCACAACUGGGUGAAGGCUGAGCUGCGUACGCCAUUCGAUGGUUGGCGGACCAACAGUCUUAAUGCCGGAGUCUAUAACCUGCACAACCUGAUCCUAAUCAACUCCACGCUCUUUUGGGCAGAUGAUCAGAAGCUGCAGGUGGGCUUCAAGAGCGACUACGACAUCAACGAUCAGCUGGUGAGCUUUGAUGUACGCUUUGGCAUCAACAGCACCAUUCGGGAUAUUCCCACAAUCAAUGUGAAGGUGGUGCAUUGGAAGGACGCCAAAAAGGUUGACACGGAGCUGUAUCUGGGAUACAGUGGCCAGAACGAUACCUUUAACACAUACAGCGUGGACUCCAGUUGGGAGAUUGAGCGGAAUGAGCGAUAUCACAAUGUUUCCGGCUUGGUGCAUCUGGUUAGUCCGUUCCAGGGUUACGAGAAAGGUGGUCUAGUGGCCCAAUUUUCUUUGAGCGAUAAGCGUGAGGUCAGUGGAGCAGCUUCACUCAACUUCGAUGUGAGGGAGUUCACUCUGACCAUGGACGGGUAUGUUAAGAAAUUCACGGACAAUAUGCUAACCAUCAACAUAACCACUCCUCUGGAGAAAUUCCGUACAAUCAACGCUCGCUUUGGCCUAAAUGAAAAGAAACGUCAUGCGGUUGCUGAGGUAAGAGCACCAACGGCAGCUCUUGGAGUGGAGGCCUUGGCUGACAUAAAGAAUCUUCUUAACUUCGAUGUCAAACUGAGCCUAGCCACGCCCAUCGAGAGCUUCCAACAGGCGGCGAUAUUUGCACUGUUCCAACCGGAGCGUGUUGACAUGCGCGGGCUGUGGAACAACGUUACUCUGGGAUUCACGGGCGUGUGGCACAUGGAGAAUAUCACAGACUUUGAGUACUCCUAUCUGGUGUUCACUCCUCUGGCUGGCUUCGAGCAAAAUGGAUUUAUAGUUCAGCUGCUGAAGAGGGACGAGUUCGUCUUCCAGUUACAUGGCAAGUUAUCCCACUAUAAGCUCGGUGUCAAGAUCAAUGGAAAACCGAAAUCAGAUUUGGUCAAUAAGCUAGGCAGCAACAAGAUGGAGUUGGAGAUGCUCUAUGAUGCAGAUUUUAAGCCCCUGAAUGUUGAGACAGAUUACAAGCCUGAUCCGGAUGUGGAGUACUUCUCAUACUUCACAGACUUCCAGGUGGACACUCUAGUCUGGCCCACUAUUGUGGGCAAUGUGGACAUUCAGGAGAUCAUCGACUUCUACCUGGUUGUUGGUCAUGUGGAUCUGCCACAGGGUAAAUUGGAGUUCAAGGACCGCCUUCACUACCCAGACUACAUUAAUGUGCACAAUCUUCUGACCGUGACUACACCGUUUGCUGUGGCCAAAGAUAUCAAAUCGAUUGUGGAGUACCACGUCGACUUGCACUUUAACUCCUUCUAUGAGCGCAUUAAAUUCGCAGUGAACGAUGACAAGAACCAGUUGAAGGAACUGGGUUUUGAGUUUAACUACACCAAACUGCAGGACAAUGUGAAACCAAAGGCGCAUGAUGUUCAGCUAAAGCUUAUUACACCCUAUGAAUUGCUCAGACAGAUCGACAUACAUGGUCGCGUGGAACUGGACGAUAAUGCCUAUAAGGGAAACAUCAGCUCAGUCACGGCUUACACACGUCUCUCGAUGGCCGCCUCCGUAGAGAACGAGGACAACUUCCUGGAAACCUCAGUAGGCAUUGUGCUGGAAACGGACGUUAUUCCACACUAUGGCUGCCAGGUGUACUUCAAAAAGGACUUUUCUGCCAUCGAUAACACCAUCGACAUUCGCUUCGAGGUCACCGAUAAUGGAACAUUGAACCAGCUUCAAAUUACGACUGAUUGGCAUACAGAUUCCUCGUACGUAGUCAAUGCCAAUGGAAAGAUCCGUACUACCAUGCUGCCACUUCAACUGGCGUCCUCUUCAGUUCUCCUCACGAGGGAUCAAAACCCCCAGCUCAAUUUCGAUCUUAACUUCCUGAGCCAGGACGGCCAAAGCAUAUCUUACGGAACGCGAGCAAACAAAAAGAAGGAUGUCUUUAACAUUGAAGUGUGGACUCCUUUGAAAAACUUCCGAAACAUUUCCAUGCAUGGUACUGUCGCCAGAAACCCCCGUGAUGCUGAGCGCUAUGAUGUCUCAGGGUUCUUGUAUCGGAAUAUGGCCACAUAUGGCAUCACAGGAGCUGUCCGCAUGUCCAAAAGCCUGCCCAUCGAUGUGACUAUAAGGGUUCAGCCCAAAGCUGGCGGAAGGGAUGGUGUAAUUGAGUUGAACAUCCACGAGAAGGGACCAAAGAAGAUCGGCUUCUCCUUUAGCGCCAUUGAGGAUGGCAAGAUGUGCCAGAUCUCCGGAGGAUACAGUGUCAGCGAGGGCAACGGAGCCAUGGAUUUCUCAGUUCUGGUGGAGAGUACGGAGCCGGAAAUCGCCCGCAUCAACUUCAAUGGCAACCUAAAGCCUAACUCUAAGGGAUCCAUUGUGGGUGACCUCAACUUGGAGACCCCUUGGAAGGAGCUCGGAAUCGAUUCGGUUCACCUGCACUCAGAUGUGGGUGUUGGCAGUACUGGCGGUAACAUAGUCGGCGAGUAUAAGAUCGGACAGUAUAUCGGACGAGGAAGUUGCCUGUGGUCUUGGAUCCUAUCCGAGAAUCUUCAGCUGGUGCUGGAGAGUUAUCUUGAGAGACCAAACGCUCGGCCGAGAAUUGUUCAUGCCAGUGCCAAGUACCUAAACCCAGGACAAAACUUCGCUCAGUUGCAGAUGGGCGGUCGCCUGAGUGUUGACUCCAAAUGGAACCUCGAUGUGAAUGGCAGUGUGCACUAUAAAUCCUCCGAUGACUUCGACUUCAGAGUUAUUUCCGAAUUGCCCUUACCAGUGGGGGAUCGCCAUCAGUUGAGUGCCAGCUACCAGGGUAAUGUGAUUAGCAAACAGUUCAUCAACCCCGAUUUUGUCAUCGAGACAAGCUACGAGAGCUUGGAGGCACAGAACAAACUUCUGUCCCGAGUUUCUUUCCGCAAUACAACCAAUGACUUGAAGGGCUUAACCCACGUGGAAUGGGGAAAGCUGCAGAGUCUGUCUGUCGUGGAGGGAGACUUUGAGCUCCUACGGAAGACAGGUGGCCGACAAGAGUUCUAUGCCAAGAUGAUCACACCCAAGUUCAAGGACGAGCACACUUUUGCCCUUUCCGGACACUACGAUAAGAAGAAUGCGGAAUACCACAACCUUGUGUGUGCUUUGGACUAUCCAGCCAGUCGUCGAAUCACCGAUCUGGAUGUUUCCUUUAAUUCGCUGAGCAACAUGAACGGUGUAUUUAACAGUACCAUGCCAACCUUCCUCAACGUUAGUUGGUUCAAGACUGAUUUUGAUUUUACCACCAAGAGUGGGAAGAGCUAUCGAUACUGCCACUGCUUUUGGCCCGAGGACUCGGCGUACUUCAAGUUGAAGAGCAACUACGACAGUGACAGCACCAAUUUCAACCACAACCUCAAUGGUAAUGUAGAGAUAGAAGUUCCAUUGGCAACUCGCCAUCGGGCGGAGAUUUUCUAUAGCCUGACGAAGCGACGCAACCAGGACCAAGGACAAGUCAAGGUCAACUACAAUGAAAGGCAAGUUCUUGAUGGCACAUAUAAACGGGCGGAGCAGCAGAAGCAUCCCAUUUACAAGGAGACGACUGACAUCUCGCUGGAGAACGACGUAAAGCCUUUGGGUAUACACUAUCGCAGUUUGAGGGAUGCCAGCGAUCCCGCAGGAACGCAGGAUGUGAAGCAUUUAGAGGUCUUUGAGUUGCGAAACACGCAGAACUUUAACCUGACCGGCGAAUUGCACUCACGGACCACUGUCAAGGCUCAGGACUUCAAGGUGGUGGCUAUUCAUCCGAACCGCGCCGUGGUGCUGACCACCAAGUUCGAGGAUGUCAGCCCCCAAGUAAUCAGGCAGCACACCAAGUUGGAGUUGUCGGAGACCGCCUGGAUAGGGUAUAACCUGGAGCUGGGCAACUUUAGCAAGGUUGGCAACGAGUCCCAGAGCUUCGCCCUGGAAAUCUUCUAUCCGAAGCGAAAUCUCUCCUCCUCGGGCCAGUACUACAUGACGGACGACCACUUCAACUCCGACCUGUCCUUCCAAUGGGCAGGUGGGGACUACGAGCUUCAGCCCAAGGCAAUUCACAGCAACCUGCAGUGGACGGCUGAACCAUUGCGCCGCGGAGAUCGUGAACAUCGCACUAUAGCGUUGACAGUGGCACAUCCUCUUCUGGAGAAGGACAUCAACUGCAAGGCUACGUACUACCGCGGAUUGCAGGAUCUGCUAAGAACUCACAUCACCAUCAACUACUCGGACAAUCCUGACCAACUAAUUGAGUUGGGUGCUCAACUGAGGGACAGGUACAGUGAACUGGGCCACACCAACUACACCUUCCAUGUGUACGGCAAGCACCAGGCUUCUGAGCUGGAUGUGCAGCUUAACGGCACGCUCGCGGCCCGCAACUCAUACUAUAAGACGGAGUCCACGGCCCACUACAAGCGUGACAUCUUCCCGGCGAGAUACGGCAAGUUCCUGGCCCUGCUCGAUGUCAAUAAGCGGGAAUUGGAAUACGAACGUGUGUCGCCAUUCCAUACGGUGCGACUACAUCUGCUGCCCACCAUCCGGUACCCCGUUUACGGUUUGAAUGCCACAAUUUGGGAUACUCCUGACACAAACCACUCGGGAUACAUAUACACGAACUUGUUGGAGCGAUAUGCUCGCAUGGAUUUCAACUUGACGGAGGAUGCCAGCCAAAACCUGCAAAUGGUGGCCGACAUCCCGGACACUCGCAGUGCCUUUCUGGACAUCUGGCGCAACUACGAGGAGAUCCGCGUGAUCGACGUCAGUUCGUACCUGAAGAUGAAUCACUCCCGUUUGAUCACAGGUCGAUUCCAUUGGCGUCCGGCUAUUCGGCAAGAAGUGCGUGAGAAAAUACACGCCGUGGGCAAAUCGGUCUACAGCUCAUUCUCGGAAGGAAUCGACUUUUGGAUCAAGUCGAUCUACACGGAAACCACGGAAUCGAUGGCCGUGGUAUGGAACACGGCUAAGGAGUACAACAAGGACUUCAUCGACGACAUUGGUCAGCUGAGCGUGCUGGAGGAGGAUCUUGCCGAUCUGCGGCUGUUUGUAAAUCAGUCAUAUGAGGCCAACGAUUUCUAUAUCAAGCACGUGGUUAACUUUACGCUGACUAUCCUGGAUGAGCUUGCCAUCAGAGACCACAUCGAAUCGCUGCCCAAGAUCUUCACAGAACUGUGGCAGGCGAUGGGAGAUUCGGGCAAGGCUCUACGCAACAGUAUUGUGUGGCUGAUCGAAACCAUUAAAACCACAUAUACAAACCUAUUGGAUGCCGUGGCCCGAUUCUUCCAUGGCGAGAGUCUAACCUACAUAUCCGGUCUGAUGGAGAAGGGCAUUGCGAAGUACGAUAGCUUUGUCAAGGAAUUGCACAUCAAGUUCAUUAAAUACAUCGAAAACCUGUGGCACAAAACUUGGACUCUGGCGGAGAAUCACUGGAAGGCAGUACUCAAGCGAUUUGAGCCCCAUCUCUUCAAGAUGAUUAGCUUUAUAGAGACAACUGCCUGGAAUCUCAGUAAGGAGGUGUUCGAUUUUAUUUACAAACGCACCAAUGAGCUGGCGGAGUCUCCAUACUUCAAUAAGGUCUCUAGUUUUACGGCUGAUGCGGAUCGACUUUAUCGCGACAUCAAGGCCAACGAUGCCAUUACCAACAUCAAAAAGUACUCAACGCUGGCGUGGAAUUUCAUCAAGGAGAAGUACUUCAAGCUGGUGCCCUUCGGGGCUGAGUUGAAUGAGGUGCUCACCGAAAUCUGGCAGGAGAUCAAAGAACUUGAAAAGAUUGAACAGGUGCAGAUCAUGGUGCAAAAGUACUACGAGGUGGUGGCCAAAAUCGAUUGGGUUGCCGACGAACUUCAGCUAGAAAAUCGUAUGCAUCAAGUGUACGGACUGAUGCGGAAUAAGUUCCGAAAUUAUGCCAUGAAUGCCUUGGAAACCGCCGACAUGUAUAGGGAGGCCAAGACCAAGUUUGUUUUCGAUCCCGAAGUGGGUAUUAUCGAUCUGGAACAAAAGUUACCCAUGUCAUGGCACGCCUUCAACGAGACACCCAAGUUCGAGGAGAUUCCCGAGUACCAGGUGCUGGCCAAGGCGCAGAGCUUCUUCAGUGAGACUAACUCCUCAAUCGUCAUGAAGCUGUACAACAUGCGGACUCAUCUGGACCCCAAGACCUGGCUGCCACCCUACUACUCUCGCGCCUUGCUCAUCGACUCGCGGCACUACAUGACAUUUGACCAGCGGUAUGUGGGUCUGAACCUCAACUUUGACGAGUUUGGAAAUGGGCGACCCAAUUCCCAGUGCAGCUAUCUUCUAGCCCACGACUUCUUCAAACGAAACUUCACCUUGCUUUUGGAGCCAGCGAGCAAAUCCCUGGCUGGCCAAGGACUGACGCGCAAACUGAGCUUCAUUGCCAAUGAUCAACUGAUUGAAAUUGACCUGGGCACAGACCAUAUAAGCAUCAAUGGCAACCCGCAACCCAUACUGCCGCUCAAACUGGGCGCUGUAAACAUUCAUCGGGAUCUGGACGUACUUUCGAUCACCUCGGACACCGAGUUCAGUCUGCACUGUAAUGUGCAGUUCGAUCUGUGCUGGUUCGAAGUGAGCGGAUGGUACUUCGCCAGGACAGCGGGAUUACUGGGCACCCUGAACAACGAACCCUCGGAUGAGUACACCAUGUCCAACAGCGUGAUUGCCAACGAGACGCAGCAGUUCACGGAUUCGUGGAGCCUGAAGCAGUGCAGGCAGACGAAGUUGGCCCAGAGCCAAGAGGUCAGCAAGGAGGUGAGUGAGACCUGCACCAGCUUCUUCCGCACCGGCAUCCUGGCCCCCUGCAGUGCGGUCCUCGAUCCCGCUCCCUUCUACGACAUGUGUCUGGACUUGGGCAUGAAAUCGCCGCCCAUUCGAAAGGGACAUCCGGCUGUCAAAGGUGCUUGUGCAGCAGCUUUGGCUUACAUCGAGGCCUGUACAGCUCUGAAGGUUCCCAUGCGCGUGCCUUCUCAGUGUGUGUUCUGCCAACUGACCAAUGGUUCAUAUGUACCCGAAGGCACUUUCAUGGAGCUUUCGGGCAGCGAGAUUCCACGCAGUAGCGAUGUGGUCUUCAUUGUGGAGGCCAAGGAGUGCAAUGCCAAUCUCAGGGCGUCCAAAAACAUCAUGACCGUGGUCAGCAGCAUUGAGGAGCAGUUGCAGGCCGCCAGGCUUACGAACAAUCGUUAUGGUGUACUGGCCUUUGGCGGAGUGGCACCCUACGACAAGCCAAGGAGCGUUAUAUACGAACACAACGAGUUCACCUCCAAGCCGGAUCAGCUGGCUGACUACUUUGGCCACAUCAACACCGGAAAUGGCAGCAGCAACGACAUCCUAAUGGCCAUUUCCGCAGCUGCCAAGCUAAACUUCCGUCCGGGUGUGUCGAAGACCUUCAUCCUGCUCUCCUGCAGCAGGUGCGCGGCCAAGGACAUGCGAUUCGACUACACCUCCAUUUUGCAAUACAUGUUGGAGGAGGGCAUCAACCUGCACAUCCUGGCGGACACAGAAUUCGACUUUGAGCGCAACAAAAAGCUGCGUCACUUCUUUGGAUUGGACAGCAAACUGGUCUACUCGAAACGUUUCCCCGAAGGCGAUGCCGAAACCCGCAAUACGACGCACAUUCCCAAGAGCAAUUUGGGCAUCUGCACAACGCUCGCUGUCGAGACUCAGGGAUCCGUGUUCAGUGCCCGCAAGCUGCAGCCAGAGCGGAAAUAUCCCAUCAAGAGGUUCGCCACCAUAUUCGCCAAGCGAGUCGCCCUCAGUGCCACGCCCAUCCAGAGCCAGACCUGCGAGUGCUCCGCCCACAACACGGGCGUCUCCUACAUGGCCUGCUCACCACAGGCUUUGCCCGAGGAGAAGUACGAUCUGGAUGACUAUGACUCCUUCAACAACUGGGAUUGGGGAGACGAGCUGGAGGGAGAGGCAAAAGUAGUGUCGUAGUUCUUAGUACGCCGCAAUUAGUUAGCUAGUUCAGUUAUGUCCCUGCAGAAUAUAAGGUUUUUCUAAUGCAUAACCGACAGGCAUAUUUUGUAAAAUAAAUCACCAUUUAAAGCCAUA